AUGGCACCAGAGCCGACCAUACCGUCCAGUUACCAGAACUCAAGCCAAGAGACUGCGAUACUGGAGAAAAGACAGAGAAUUGUUGGAAAAGAACAAAAUUCCCAACAGGGACCUGCCGAUAUCGAGUAUCCAACAGGCUUUAGAUUCUACAUGAUUCUCAUCGGCCUUGUACUUUCUUUCUUUUUGAGCGCUCUCGACAUGAGUAUUAUAGGUACAGCUGCGCCUAGCAUAACCACCGAAUUCCACUCCACUCCCGAUGUCGGCUGGUACGGAUCCUCCUUUCUGCUCACAUUGGCCGCUUUCCAAUCUCAUUGGGGCAAAGCCUACCUCUAUUUUCCAUUGAAAUGGUCGUUUCUCUGCUCUGUGGCUGUCUUCGAAAUAGGAUCCCUCGUCUGCGGCGUCGCACCUAGCUCCAUUGCCCUCAUCGUUGGACGCGCGGUCCAGGGCGCAGGUGCCGCCGGGAUCACGGGAGGAUGCUACACCAUUGCCAGUUUCAUAACCCCGCCAUCCAAAGUGCCAGCCCUUAUCGGUAUGUUGGGAAGUGUGUUCACGAUAGCGAGUGUAGCCGGCCCGUUACUGGGCGGUGCAUUCACAAGUACCAUGUCCUGGCGGUGGUGCUUUUACAUCAACUUACCCAUUGGAGGAUUAGCUUUCGCCUGCUUGCUGUUCUUCUUCCACACUCCUCCCCAUUCAAGAGGCAUGAUUGGGAAGUUGCCUUGGGGACAGAUUGCUUUGCAAUUCGACCCUGUGGGAACCGUACUACUGAUUGCUUCGUUGGUCUGUUUCAUCCUAGCGAUGCAGUAUGGAGGUAUUUCGAAGGCAUGGAACUCAUCUGACGUUAUUGGACUACUGGUGGGGUGGUGUAUUAUGUCUAUCGCAUUUGCUAUCAACGAGUGGUACCAGGGGGACAAGGCCCUGGUUGUCUAUCGUAUUUUGAGAAACAGGUCUAUUGCGGCGUGUUGUGGUUUCAUAUUUUUCAUGAUGUGUGGCAAUUUGUCCCUUUAUUAUAGCCUACCCAUAUAUUUCCAGGCUAUAGCUGGAGACACUCCCAUGGCAAGUGGAUUGAAGUUCAUUCCUACAAUUCUCUGUACCUCCAUCACUACGUUCCUCACUACUGUGUUUGUUGGCAAAACUGGUAUGUUCCAACCAUUUAUAAUGGCUGGGGCUAUUCUUCAGACGCUUGGUGUAGGCUUAUAUUACACGUUCGGGUUGGACACAGGGCUAGGACCGAUCAUUGGAUAUCAGAUUAUCUACGGAAUAGGAUGCGGCCUAGGCAUCCAAACUGCAAUUGUCGUCGGCCAAACUCUGAGCCCCGUUGAGGAUAUGUCCAUGACAUUGGCAACGAUCAUCUUCUUCCAGUUUGUUUCUGGGGCAUAUGGUGUCUCUUCAACGAAUUCUGUUCUUGACAAUAUUCUCAUCAAGAAAGUGGUGGAAUACGCGCCGGAUAUCAGCCCUGUAGCUGUGCUCGAGAUGGGCGCUACAGGUAUCAGGGAGGCUUAUCAUAACGAGACCUUUGCCAGCAUUCGCCAAGCAUUCCUCGAAGGAGUACGUGCUAGUCUCAUUUUGAGUUGUGCAUUCCUUGGUGUGAGUAUUCUCUGGACCUUGGCGCCGAAGUGGCCGGGAAGAUUGAGUAGGCCUAGUCAGAUAAGCGACGAUACUGACACAACGCCAUCGAACAAAGCGGCGGAGGCGGUAUUACUUGGCGAGGGUGUUACUUCGUACAAGGCGAAAUUGUGA